AUGGAGAGCAGGAGUAGACCCGGCGCCAAAGUAGCCACCCCUCGGCUUAGGCGGCCUAAUCAGCAGACUGUUCUCCCGAAGCCUCCCCGUAUUCGUUCCGAGACAGUAGAUAAGGCAUGCAAUAGAUGCCGGAAGCGCAAAACGAAAUGCUCUAGGACCAGACCGCGCUGCAUCAACGGCGGGAUGCAGGAUUUGAAAUGUUCUUACGACGAAAAGCGCAGUAAUCGCUUAAAAGAGUUUAUUAAUCUAAUCAUUAUUAUCUACACCUUAACCACGCUAUUAAACGGUGUUAGCGUCGAUCUUGAGACAAGCAGGAAGAGAAUUAAGGACGCUCUCAAAGAUUUUAAGGACGACACACCUCUUACGCCUUCCGUGCUAAUAAAGUUAAUUAGUAAACGACUAAGGCGGGCAUUAUAUUUUUAUAAAUAG